AUGACCACAGUCAGACUUCUUGAUACGCCCUCACCCUAUCGAGGCCUCGGGGCACCCUGUCCGAGGAAACAGUCUGUGCUGCAGGCCCGGUCUCUGCCAACUGCCAGGAGGAUCGCUGCCUCCCUCGUGGUUUCCAAUCUCAGACUCUGCACUGAGGGCAUGGUCAUGAGCCCAGUUGCUGGAGGUGCAUCCCCUACGCCCCUGCCUGAGCAGCAUGAGGCCUUCGAAGCCACCUGCUGGGGUGUUCCGGAAGACUCUGCUUCCAAGGGAGAGACUUGUACUUUAACCUUGGAGCAUAAGGAAAAGCAGAGGAGGACCUGUGAACAGAACUGCCCCAGCCUGGUUCUUCCAGCCUUGAUGUGCGUCCCAGGACACGGUGCAUCCCUGUUCCCCUGUGAUCAGGCCCAGGUUACCAUAGGCUCCCUUGGAAACAAAGCCCUGCUAAUGGCUGAAGAACUGGGUGGCUGGGUGAGGCCAUGUAGCCUGGAAAAGCCCACACUGACCCCUCCCACAGCUCUGAGCUCCUGCAAACUCAGCAAGUCCCAGGAAGGCCCAGAGGGCAAGAGGAAGCAGGACCCCCUAAUCCUCCCAGGCCUGCCCACCCUUUGCAUCUUGGCUCUCAGGCCUUUGGAGGAAGGAACAAUCUUGAAAGAGGUGUUGAUAUCUGCUAAGGCCCCCGAGGGCCAGCCACCUUUGGGCAUCAGCAGUAACAACACCCCAACCUGGUUCACUGCUGCUGGAAGGGAAGAACCGGAAUGGAAUAAUCGAGGUGUGUUUGCAUUCGUGUGUGCGUGUGUGUGUGUGUGUGGGCGCGCGCGCGCGCGCGCGCCUGCGGAGGGGGGUGGCAAGGAUCCAGAGGGGGAGCCCGCCCCUACCUCCGAGCUCGGCUCUGGGGAGCCGGGCACUCAGGCUCGCCUGGCUGCAGAGAGCUGGGAGCUGCCUCGCGCCCCGCGCAGAACCGGUGGCGGAAUAACCAGCGCCUCGAGUGUGUGCAUCUGGGACCAGGGGGCGGGGGAGGGUGACCUGCGCCCCCGCGGCCAACCCGGUUGGUGCAGACUUGGGGAUCCCAGAAGGGACAGCGCCCGCCCAGUCUCGGCGAUUGAGGGUCCCUGCCCAGGCGCAGCUCGGGCCCGCCGCGUGCUCUGGGGCCGCGGCUUCUCCCGGAACCCCCGCGGGCUGGGCCUGCCUUCCGGAGCCGGUUGGCUGGGGGCGGGCGGCGCCGGGGAAGGGGCAGUUACUUUCCCAGAGUGGCGGGGCGACGUCAGGCGGAAGGGCGCGGGGCGCGCACGCUUUAAAUGGCAUUCGCUGUCAUCCGAGCUCACAGCCGUGUGGGUAGCCGCGGGCUAUAUAAGCCGGGAGCCGGGCCGCCGCGGGGCAGACAGCGACAGCAGCGGCGGCGAGCGCCUCGGAGCGCGGCGGAACAGCGCCCCCCGAGCCCCGCGCCCCCCGACGGGUCCGCCCGCCAGCCCGCCCUCCCGAGGAGCGCCGGCCCGGGCCCGCGAGGGCCGCCGCCACCCCGCAGCAGAUUUGGAUCCCCCGCCCGGCGAGCCCCCGGCUGCUGCCUCCCGGGGGGCCCCGGCGCAGCGGCCGCCUCCGGAGAGCCCCGGCGCCCCGCCGCCCGGCCCCGCAGACGCCGGAGGCGCCAUGGCCACCAAGCCCGGCGAGCUGAUGGGCAUCUGCUCCAGUUACCAGGCGGUGAUGCCGCACUUCGUGUGCCUGGCCGACGAGUUCCCGCAGCCCGUGCGGCCCGCCAAGCUGUCCAAGGGCCGGGGCCGGCUGCGGCGGCCGCGCCAGUCUCGCUUCAAGACGCAGCCGGUGACCUUCGACGAGAUCCAGGAGGUGGAGGAGGAGGGGGUGUCCCCCAUGGAGGAGGAGAAGGCCAAGAAGUCGUUCCUGCAGAGCCUGGAGUGCCUGCGCCGCAGCACGCAGAGCCUGUCGCUGCAGCGGGAGCAGCUCAGCAGCUGCAAACUGAGGAACAGCCUGGACUCCAGCGACUCCGACUCGGCCCUGUGAGGGGCGCCGCCCGAGGGGGGAACGCGCGCGUCCGCGAUCCGCGGGGGAUCGGCGUGCGAACCCCGAGAGAGCCCGCGCCCUGCCCCCGGGGGACCCGCAAGGACCCGGGACCGCCGCCCCUCGCGCGCUCGGACUCCCGCCCCGCUGCGAAACGAUCGGUGCGCCCCUCGCCGCGCCCGCCCUGGCCCGGGGACGCCGGGAACGGGACCGCUUUCCUUGUCCUUGUAAAUGUUUAUUUUUUAACUCUUCCCAGUGCGAACUCUGCUGUGAGUGUGUGCGGGGAGGCGCGCCCGCGCUGAGUUGGCCGCGCGGGUCGCCAGGGCCACCCGGGUCGCCGCUCCAUGCCCUUGUCCGAUGGUUUGCAACUCCGAUUUUGCACACCGCUCCACCGUGACCCCCAGCGCACACCCGUUCACACUCACGCCAACACUUUCGCUGAACACUUUUAUAAUUGUUAGGCGUGGCCGUUGGGACUUGGGGCGCAGCGCAGCUGCUGCUGCUGCUGCUUCUGGAGGAUUGAUAUUUAUUUUUGCAUUGAGAUGACUGAAGGCGUUUAUUUAACGAUCUUUUUACCUGGAUAUGUCUGUGAGACUCCAGAAAGGAGACAAAUAAAGUCAAUAUAUUUGCACCAUGCA